AUGGCAAAGGGUGCCUUCGGAUUUCCAAAACUUGCAACGACAUGCUUCGCCAAGGUUGGUGGUGCGUCACAGUCCGGGCUUUUUGGAAGUUCCAAAGGGCGUGCAGUGCUCGCAAAAAAAGCAAAGUCGCAAACAAGCCUGUUCUCUCGCGCUGCAAGCCCUCCAGAUGCUGCAAGAGGCAAGCGCGCAGGACUGGGACAGCAAGAGAUGGCAGAGUCGGAAGCUGGCAACUCUGCACCUGACGGCCGGUGGGGCCAGGUGAUGAGCUAUAGGAGCUUGCCCCUCCGGACCAUCUGGUCUGAAAGACCACUGCGCGCGGCGACCGCGCUGAAAUCGGUGAUCGAUCGAAUUUCCCGCGCAUUCCGCUGA